UGGCUUAUUACGAUUGUAUUUAUUUAUUUAUUACAAGGCUUUCCAAUGCAUUUGUCCCUCACAUGACUUGGGAAUUGGCAGCUACUCUGGCCUGGAGGGAGGCAGCACAGGGGCGAGGGAAGAGCCAGAGAGGGACAGCACAAGCCUGGCGCUGCACGCCUUUUGGAUUGCACGUCGUUAAUCUCCAUUUUGAUUUUUUUUUUUUUUUUGGGGCGGGGGGGGGGGUCAUUUUUCUGCAGUUUUCGCCCUGCCUCUCUUCUACAUGGCCAGAAUCGCGGGCGCCGCGCCCCUGCCGGAGGUUUGCGCCGACAUGUGCGCACUUGUUGAAGGGGCGCAAUUCCAAGUGCUGGUCCGGAGGAGCCGCAGUUUGACCGAGAAGAUCCUGCUCGCCAUCCCCGAUGCGCACAGAUCGAGCAUCUACGCCGAGACUCUGAAGCUGAAUUCCCCCGAAAACGCCAAGCUUGACACAAUGGCGUCGAACAUCAACUUCCCUGCUGCUCCCGUGUUCAAAAUUGCCUCGGAAAAAGUUUCAUUGGAGAGCAGUCUGAAACACGUGCAUGAGGGUCUGCAGCUGCACCAGGCCUUGCUGAGCCUCGUCUCAUCUCGGCUAGAAGCGCAGAGAGUGACUGACCUCAUGAAUACUGUCCGAGAUCUUGCCAUUCAAAUCAGCAAGAUGCUGAGAGCUCUCCAGACGGAUUACGUGGCGCAGACAACGCCCAGCCCCGUGACCUUAUACCUGCACGGCGACUUUGAGGUUCAGGUGGCCGCCCACCUGACGCUGGUGCAGCUCCAGUCUCUGGGCCAGGACACACACCGCUUCCUCAGGGGUCUGGACACCAGCCACGAGCCGGAAACGGACAGUGACCUGCUGACACAACUGAAAUAACACUGCUAUCUUUAUUUUUCAUAUACCAGAAGUAUUUAUUGAUCUGUUAAUGGAUUUAUUUUUCUAUUUGCAUAUUUAUUAUAAAUAUUUAUUUAUAUUUGAUUGAACAGCUAAGAUGACUUGUUGCAUGCUGCCUUGUGUCUACAAUAACUGCCACCACUUGCCUGUCUCACACAAUCACAUUGUCAUAAUAUCGCACCAAAUACUAAUCUCGUCGGGCUGUAAUCUGUAGCAGACUCUGACUGUCCAUUGAUUCUUAUUAGACAUUAUGGGGCAUCUUGAAAUACUAAGUGCAAUCAAAUUUAAUGUUAUUUAUGGAAUAUUUUCCUAUGAAUGUUUAUGCGAAUGGUAUUUAUUUGUCCUUCAAUAAACAGUUUUCUUAA